AAGGCACCGAGGUCUUGUGUGAUCACUUAACGCGUCCCCUGUUCACGCGUCAACAUUUGAUUUUCUCCAGGGUCUUGGGAAAGCGCGUCCAUUUGGACCACCAACACCUGCCCCCAUUAUCCUCACCAAUAUCCUCACCUGGUCACUCUCUCUUAAAGUCAACCUCACACCAAAUUCAUCAGACCUCCAGACAGCCCCCAUCAUACCUCAGGUUUGAAACCUCGGAAGCAAACAGCCUUCCUCCAUUACAGACUCGCAGCAUCUCUUCUUUCUCAACAUGUCUGUUGUCUCGCUGCUCGGGGUCAAUGUGACCAACAACCCCGCAAAGUUCACCGACAAGUAUGAGUUCGAGAUCACGUUCGAGUGCCUAGAGACUCUGCAAAAAGACCUCGAAUGGAAACUCACCUAUGUCGGCUCCGCCACCUCGGACCAGCAUGACCAGGAGCUCGACAGCCUGCUUGUGGGGCCCAUCCCGGUAGGCGUAAACAAGUUCGUCUUCGAGGCCGAGGCCCCAGACACAAAGCGCAUCCCCGAUGCCGAGAUCCUAGGAGUGACGGUGAUCCUUCUGACGUGCGCCUACGACGGCCGGGAGUUUGUCCGCGUCGGCUAUUACGUGAACAACGAGUAUGACAGCGACGAGCUGAAUGCCGACCCCCCAGCCAAACCCAUCAUCGAGAGGAUGCGCCGGAAUGUCCUGGCCGAGAAGCCAAGGGUCACUCGGUUCGCGAUCAAGUGGGAUUCGGAAGCAUCUGCACCGGCCGAGUUCCCGCCCGAGCAACCGGAGGCCGACCUCGUCGCCGAUGAGGAUGAGUACGGCGCCGAGGAGCUGGCCGAGGAUGAGGAAGAGGAGCUGGUAGAGACCGAGGCCGGCCCAUCGGGACCUAACGGCGAAGAUGCCGGCGACAAGGACGCGGAGAUGCAGGGCGUGGAGAACGGCGAUGGAGACGCCGAGGUCGAGGCCGAGGCCGAGAACGGCGUGGAGGAGGACGAGAUGUCGGACGACGGUAGCGUUGACAUUGAGGGCGAGAGCGACGAGGAGAUCGAGGAGGAGGAGGAGGGCGAGGGUGAGGCUGCAGAGGGUGAUGAGAUGGAACUCGACACCGAUAAACCUGCUGUUACGGCGAAGCCUGCCGAAGUCACGGCCCUAUAGUUGGGCCUUGUUAUUCGGCUGGCGCUUGUUAUUUGGUGAUGGCGAGGCUUGCAGUUCUUGUUUCUUUGGUUGCUUUCUAGAUUUGCUUUCGCACAGCGGCGGGAGGGAGCUGAUGCAUGGAUACAUACCUACCUGCCUUGGGAACCGAGUCACGUUUUUAUACCAUUGAACUACUAAGCCAAAUAAAUAUCGUUCGAGUUGGGGAAGUGAGGCACACCGAUAAUCUCAAGUGGCCUUCGGCGCUUCUCUAUGAAUACCGAGUAGGGACCUAGAUUAGACAUUUGCCAACACCAACCAGCCAUAACCUCCGUGUAUGAUGAG